GCUACGUGUCUAGUAUAUAUACAUGAAAUAGUCCUCUCCUGCCCCCUCAAGUCUACACUCGCAAUACUUUCGCGUCACUGAUCUUCAACUCUUGUCAUCCUGCCCGUCAUGAACGUUGAUUUACUAAGGCUAUUGACGCUAUGCGUGUUUUUAGGGUUGGCAAUAUGCGUUGAGUCUCUAUCCGCGACAUGUCAACAGCUAUCCGCAUCGACGAAGAUCCAGCAAUACCAGGGAAUUGAGAUAGAGUACACCCAGGAACAACAAAACUAUUGUUGUUGUUGUUGUUGUUGUAUUUAACGCCGUGGCGGCCGGGCUAGAGCCCUUACCGCAGACCUCCC